AUGGAUAACAAGGAAGACAUUCACGAAGUCCGCUCCCACUCCCACCACAACGAGCAUCGCCGUCCCUCAGACCAGCACCAACGCAUCGAUAGCCACCAUCGUCGUGUACCCAAUGGCGGCGGCUACAACGAGUACCCAGAGGACGAGUACGUGGCGCCCCAGAUGAGCCGCGAUGACGCUCUCAGGAGGAUGAAGACGGCGGGGUCAAUCUCCAUGUCACCUGAGUUGUUUGAGAAAUUGUAUCUGUCUCCGCAGAACAACGUCAAGGGGGACCUACGCAGGACCUUUGGUAACCCAACUCCAAUCGCCAUUGUCGGAUUUCUCAUCUCACUGACGCCUCUGGCCUGCGACUUGAUGGGUUGGAGAGGAGCAGGCGGAAGCGGUGCGGCAGGCAUCGGCUCAUACUUCUUCUUCGGCGGUCUCCUCAUGUUCGUUGGCGGUCUCCUCGAAUGGGUCCUCGGCAACACCUUCCCCUCAGUCGUCUUCCUAACCUUCUCCUCCUUCUGGUUCACCUUUGGCGCGACACUGAAUCCCUCCUUUGCGGCCUUCUCAUCGUACGCUCCUGCGAACGCGACGUCUGGGGCUGAGGGAUUGACUACGCAGGGGUUUAACGCUAGUUUCGGUUUCAUCACCCUCGCGAUGGGCAUGAUCUGCGUCGUAUUCCUGAUUUGCUCGCUCCGCACGAACAUCGUUUUCUUCGUAAUCUUUUUGACGCUCGUUGCUGCUUUCGGGUUAAUUACGGCCGCGUAUUGGUUCCUUGCCAUGGAUUACACUAGUAAUGCUGCUUACGCCGCAAAAUUGCUCCAGGCUGCCGGUGCUUGCGCCUUCGUAACUUGUGCUGCUGGUUGGUGGCUCAUUUUCGCCAUCCUCUUGGCUUCGCUCGACUUCCCCUUGGAGCUUCCUGUUGGAGAUCUCAGCAGAGUGAUUCGGGGCAAGAGCGAAAAGAGCCAGGUCUAA